AUGAUUGGUGAAGCGAUUCCCUGUGGUGAUACUGGUGGUUGCAAAGCUGGAAUUGGACUCUCAGCCAAACUCAACACACCUGACUCCAGUUUUAGCAUCAUCACCAGCCCAGACACCAGCUGUAGCACCAUCUCAUUUCCAGCAAUCAUCACCAGCCCAGACACCAGCUGUAGCACCAUCUCAUUUCCAGCCAUCAUCACCAGCCCAGACACCAGCUGUAGCACCAUCUCAUUUCCAGCCAUCAUCACCAGCCCAGACACCAGCUGUAGCACCAUCUCAUUUCCAGCCAUCAUCACCAGCCCAGACACCAGCUGUAGCACCCUCUCAUUUCCAGCAAUCAUCACCAGCCCAGACACCAGCUGUAGCACCAUCUCAUUUCCAGUCAUCAUCACCAGCCCAGACACCAGCUAUAGUACCAACUCAUUUCCAGCCAUCAUCACCAGCCCAGACACCAGCUGUAGCACCAUCUCAUUUCCAGCCAUCAUCACCAGCUGUAGCACCAUCUCAUUUCCAGCCAUCAUCACCAGCUGUAGCACCAUCUCAUUUCCAGCCAUCAUCACCAGCCCAGACACCAGCUGUAGCACCAUCUCAUUUCCAGCCAUCAUCACCAGCCCAGACACCAGCUGUAGCACCACAUCAUAUCCAGCAAUCAUCACCAGCCCAGACACCAGCUGUAGCACCAUCUCAUUUCCAGCCAUCAUCACCAGCCCAGACACCAGCUGUAGCACCAUCUCAUUUCCAGCCAUCAUCACCAGCCCAGACACCAGCUGUAGCACCAUCUCAUUUCCAGCCAUCAUCACCAGCCCAGACACCAGCUGUAGCACCACAUCAUAUCCAGCAAUCAUCACCAGCCCAGACACCAGCUGUAGCACCACAUCAUAUCCAGCCAUCAUCACCAGCCCAGACACCAGCUGUAGCACCAUCUCAUUUCCAGCAAUCAUCACCAGCCCAGACACCAGCUGUAGCACCAUCUCAUUUCCAGCCAUCAUCACCAGCCCAGACACCAGCUGUAGCACCAUCUCAUUUCCAGCCAUCAUCACCAGCCCAGACACCAGCUGUAGCACCAUCUCAUUUCCAGCCAUCAUCACCAGCCCAGACACCAGCUGUAGCACCAUCUCAUUUCCAGCCAUCAUCACCAGCCCAGACACCAGCUGUAGCACCACAUCAUAUCCAGCCAUCAUCACCAGCCCAGACACCAUCUGUAGCACCAUCUCAUUUCCAGCCAUCAUCACCAGCCCAGACACCAGCUGUAGCACCAUCUCAUUUCCAGCCAUCAUCACCAGCCCAGACAGCAGCUGUACCACCAUCUCAUUUCCAGCCAUCAUCACCAGCCCAGACACCAGCUGUAGCACCAUCUCAUUUCCAGCCAUCAUCACCAGCCCAGACACCAGCUGUAGCACCACAUCAUAUCCAGCCAUCAUCACCAGCCCAGACACCAGCUGUAGCACCAUCUCAUUUCCAGCCAUCAUCACCAGCCCAGACACCAGCUAUAGUACCAACUCAUUUCCAGCCAUCAUCACCAGUCCAGACACCAGCUAUAGUACCAACUCAUUUCCAGCCAUCAUCACCAGCCCAGACACCAGCUAUAGUACCAACUCAUUUCCAGCCAUCAUCACCAGCCCACAUACCUGCUAUGGACAAUGAUGGUCCUGUGUUGCAUGAAUGGAUCAAUGCAGGAACUCCAGAUGUCUAUUACAGGAUAAUCCAACUAGCAAGUGAUGAACACUCGGGCACAGAUGUUCUGAUCAG